UACAAAUACGGGUCAAAUUGCGAACCUCCACUUUUGUUGAGGUCGGUGAAAAAGUACGGGUAUAAUUUUACACAAAAUGUUGCCAAACCCUGCUUCCAUUCACUGCAGUGUCUUAACUUGUUACUGCAAUGUAAUAGUCAAGGAGUGACUUUGGAGUGCCUUCAUCAUCUAAGAGACGGAGCAAAAGACGAACCAUGUCGCGAAGGCUCACCAAGAGGUUCUUGACACCAGUUGAUGAAUACAAAUGCCCACUGUCAGAAGAAACACAAGCAAUAGCGGAAGUUGAACUCCGGGAAACAGAAAGUUCUAGAUGUCAAGCCCUUGACGCCUUGAGGAAUUGGAUGGAACAGAAUCCUAAGUUUUUAGCAGUCAGAAUGGACGCUGCCUAUCUGCUUCGUUACCUCAGAACGAAGAAAUUCAGUGUGCCCAUGGCUCAAGAGGCGAUUGAGCGGUACAUACUGCUCCGUCAAUCUUGGGGCAUCGCGUUCAACCAGCUAGACUAUAUGCUGCCCCUUAUGACAGAGAUCAUCGACUUGGGAUACAUAUUCGUGAGCCCUUACAAAGAUAAAAUGGGACGGCGAGUAGUUAUAUACAGACCUGGUGUUUUCGAUCCAUACAAGUACACAAAUCAGGAUAUGUGCCGAGUGAUGGCGACGUGCUACGAGACUCUGAUGGAGGAUGAAGAAACCCAGGUUCGCGGACUGGUGCACUACGCAGACGGUUCAGGAGUCAGCUUCCCACACCUCACACUCUUCACUCCGAAGGAGGCUGUGCGAAUAGUUAAAAAUGGAGAGCGCACAAUCCCGCUAAGACACAAAGAAAUUUACGGAGUCAACGUUCAUCCCACCAUCAAAUUCGCUCUAGACUUCGGCAUGGGUCUCAUCUCCGAGAAGAUAAGGAAACGAGUGAAACUCUACACGUCUAUUGAAGAUGUUGAGAUCGAUAAGAAACUCCUGCCUCAGGAGUACGGUGGUGUGAUGCCUAUGAAGGAAAUGAUUCAACUGUGGAAAGCUGAGUUGGCGACAAAACGCGAUAUCUUACUGCUCAACGAUAAGAUAUCUGUUCGCCUAGAGAUGUAUAGUGAAGCUGCUCGAGAGGGCGCCAUUUCGGCGUUACGCGCUGGCGCCAACACCUGCGCAGGCGCUGACGCUGUGGGAGACGCUAUGAGAGGACUCACUGGCAACUUUAGGAAACUGGAAGUUGACUGAUAUUAUUGUUAACAAUUAUUAUUAACCCUUAGGUACAGCGAUCCGAUUCAAUCUGUUUGGGGACUGAGAAGUGAGCAGCGGGAGUAGUAGUCGAUUCCGGAAAACCUGCAUAAUUCAUUAAUAUAAUAGCAAUUGUUGAGUUUGGCUGAAUUUGUGGGAUUGUUGGUGCAACGAUGCAUUGUAGCUAAUAGUGCGCGAGCGUCAACCAAUCUGAGGUAAUUGCGAUCUACUGUAUCUAGCUAGCUGUAGUUAGCUGUCGUUUUCGACAAUCGUCCGCGGGAGUAGAUAUCUACAUUGUCAAUGUCAAGUCAAUGUGUCUGUUUGUAUCAAAAAAAAAAAUAUGACUUCUGCUAACUUCGCAGCCGCCAAUUAGUUUGAAUCCUACGUAGUAGUAUUAUGAUAUCCGUAUAAGUAUUAUAAAUCUGAAAGUGUGUCUGACUAGGUUAGUCGACCAGAACCAAGUUGAUGUCGGAAAAAAUACCCGAUUACGGAACCCUCGGUGCGCGAGUCUGACUCGCACUUGGCCGGUU